AACAAAUCCCAUAUAGAAAUCUUGACCCUACUAGCUGAGUACCAUCUCCCUUUCUUCUAUCCUACUAGAACUAUCUAGAACAGGUAGAAUGCUAGUCUCUCCUCUUCUUGCAAGGUCAAGGUAAGUCAUGGUAUGUAUGGUGUAUGAAAGUGAUUUCCCAUAUCCACAGGUAUUCUUCUACAGUCACUAAGAGUGAAGCAGGAGCAAAGGAGAAUAAGACCAAAUUUUCAUACUUUAAUUACUUCCAUGGGUUUUCUGUCUCUGUCUUGCUGUGUCUGUCUGAGUUGAGUGUCGGGGUUGGUUUCUGUACGGUUUACUGCACUAAACAUCAUCGAUUAUGGAAAGAUAAAGUAAAGAAGGGAAACAUAAAAAAAAAAAAGGAAAAAGAAGCAAAAGUAGAUGCAACGACGCCUCGAUGCAGGUACAAGACCAGAAAGUAACGAGGAAUAGAAUAAAUUAAAGUAAUGGAACGGAAUGAAUUGAUUGAGUUUAAUACGGUAGUAGGUAGUAGAACUGAGAUGAAAUAAAGUGCGACUAAAAAUGAAGACAUGCGUGGUGAUGCCUGGACGGA